AUGGCUGCUCCUGACGCUCCCGAUCAGCCCUCGAUGCUCUGGCGAACCGGUUCCUCGAUCAUCACAGGUGCCACAGGCUUCCUUUGCCGUACCUUUCUUGUUGGCCUGAACAGGCUCGAGGUGAAGGGCUAUGACAAGUUCAUGCGCCUUCUUGACGAGCGCGCGGACGUGAACGGCAGGACAAAGGGUCUCAUUACUGUUUCAAACCAUACUAGCGUUAUGGAUGAUCCUAUUAUGUGGGGCGUAUUGCCAUACAAAUAUCAUUGGAAUCCGAACAAUGUUCGUUGGAGUCUUGCCAGCCACGAUCUAGCUUUCCAGAAUAAGUUCACUUCCUUGUUCUUCAGUCUUGGAAACACUCUCCCAUGCCACCGACUGGCGCACUCUCCGCAUGGCGGUCUGUUCCAACCUACCAUGACCCAAGCCAUUCGUCUCCUCUCCGCUGGUCCCUUUGUAGCUCCAACUGCGACUGCCGCAUCGCCCUCGUUGAAAAGCCCCGACAUCGCCGAUCCUUUCUCGGACGCACACCUCACGUACAGCACUGAUGGCCACGACACUUUCCCUGCCCCUUCGGCCUACACUUCGAGGAGACACGCCUGGGUCCACAUCUUCCCUGAAGGCAGGGUUCACCAGAAAGAAGACAAGACUAUGCGCUAUUUCAAGUGGGGCGUCUCGCGUUUGAUCCUGGAAUCAGAACCUGCACCAGACCUCGUACCCUUGUUCAUCGAAGGUUUCGAUUCAGUCAUGCACGAAAGUCGUGGCUUUCCGCGACCCGUUCCACGAGGAGGAAAAGAUGUCUGCGUCACUUUUGGCGACAAGAUCGACACAGGAGACGCUUUCCGCGAUUUGAGAGACAGAUGGGCAGCCUUGAAACGACAAGCAGUACAACGAGGAGCAGAGAGCGAUGAGCUCGGUGUCAUUCGCGACGAACAGUUGAUGCAUGGAGCAGAGGCUGUGAGUUUGCGAAAAGAGUGUACGAUGCGCGUCAGGGAUGCAGUAUUGGCUGUGCGGAGAAGUAGAGGCUGGCCUGACGAAGACCCCAAAUGUGGUUUGAUCGAGACCUGGGCCAUGGAAGGCACUGGCGAAGGCAAGAUGGCCGAUGGAUCUUACACGAGGGAUACUUAG